AUGGUGGAGCCUAUUGUGUCAUGAGUUCAAAGCAUCUCCGUGGUGAUACUAACUAUACUUGGCCAACAGCUGAAGUGGCAGUAAUGGGAGCACAGGGAGCAGUGCAGAUUAUUUUCCGCGAUGAACAGAAAAGAUCAGCAGCAGAGAAGGAAUAUGUGGAGUCAUUCUCAAAUCCUUUCCCAGCUGCUGUCAGAGGCUAUGUUGAUGACAUCAUCAUGCCUCACACCACCAGGAAACGCAUCAACCAGGACCUGGCGCUCCUACAGAGCAAGAAGCAAGAAAACCCCUGGAAGAAGCACGGAAAUAUCCCUCUGUAAAGAUGGC